AUGGCGGCGGCCGCGCUCCGUCUGUGGUGGCUCCUGGCGGUGGCGGCGGCCGGAGCUGAGGGAGGGCCCCGCACCCUGGUGCUGCUGGAGAACGGCAACCUGCGGGACACGCACUCGCUCUUCUUCCGCAGCCUGGCGGACAGGGGCUUCGAUCUCACUUUCCGGACAGCGGAUGAUGCAGGCCUGUCCCUGAUUAAAUACGGAGAAUUUCUGUAUGACAACUUGAUCAUCUUCUCGCCAUCCAUAGAAGAUUUUGGUGGAAACAUCAACGUGGAGACCAUCACUGCUUUUAUUGACGGCGGCGGCAGUGUCCUCGUUGCCGCCAGCUCCGACAUCGGCGACCCGCUGCGAGAGCUGGGCAGUGAGUGUGGGAUCGAGUUUGACGAGGAAAGGACAGCUGUCAUCGACCAUCACAACUAUGAUAUAUCCGACCCCGGACAGCACACGCUCAUAGUUGCAGACGCUGAAAAUCUCCUGAAGGCCCCCACCAUCGUGGGGAGAGCGGCGCUGAACCCCAUCCUUUUCCGAGGAGUCGGGAUGGUGGCUGACCCCGACAACCCGCUGGUGCUGGAUAUCCUGACCGGCUCCUCUACCUCUUACUCCUUCUUCCCAGAUAAGCCCAUUACCCAGUACCCGCACGCGGUCGGGAAGAACACCCUUCUGAUCGCGGGACUCCAAGCCCGGAACAACGCCCGCGUUGUUUUCAGUGGCUCCUUGGAUUUCUUUAGCGACGCCUUCUUCAAUUCCGCCGUGCAGAAAGCUACCCCUGGCUCCAAGAGGUACUCGCAGACGGGUAAUUACGAGUUGGCUGUUGCCUUGUCGCGCUGGGUGUUCAAGGAGGAGGGAGUGCUGCGCGUCGGAGCGGUGUCCCACCACCGCGUGGGGGAACUUGCGCCUCCCAAUGCCUACACCGUCACCGAUCUCGUGGAGUACAGCAUUGUAAUCGAAAAGCUUUCUGACGGCAAGUGGGUCCCCUUCGACGGAGACGAUAUUCAGCUGGAGUUCGUCCGCAUCGAUCCCUUCGUGCGGACCUUCCUGAAGAGGAACGGCGGCAAAUACAGCGUGCGGUUCAAGCUGCCGGACGUCUACGGAGUGUUCCAGUUCAAAGUGGAUUAUAACCGGCUGGGUUAUACCCACCUCUACUCCUCCACCCAGGUGUCCGUGCGUCCCCUCCAGCACACGCAGUACGAACGUUUCAUCCCCUCGGCGUACCCGUACUACGCCGGCGCCUUCUCCAUGAUGGUUGGACUCUUCAUGUUCAGCAUCGUCUUUCUGCACAUGAAGGAGAAGGAGAAAUCCGACUGAGCUCCCUGCGGGAGGAAGAGCCUUUUCCCCGGUGCCAGGCAGGGACGGGCAGCGCUCGGGACCCUCGUUUGUAAGCGGGUGAGGACUGGUGGGUGCCAGACGCGCUGUGGAUUUGCGUUUGGUCUUUUUAUUUGUACACGUGGGGGGACGAAUAGGAAAGAAAAUGAAAUUUUGGGGGGAAAUCUGUCGCCGAAGCGUCUGCCAGCUUGGGACCGCGACGCCGCUGGUGGUGUUCCUCGAUGAGUACGUGGUGUUUGUCUCGCCCCGCCGUUGGAAUGGUUUUGAUUCGAGAUUAACUCCUUUUCAAAAUAAAGUC